CCUAUUACGACUUUGCUCGCGCAGUUUCAUGGCCAGCGAGCCGCGAUUCGCGAGCCAAGCCACGCUACCGCGGUAUCCUCGAGAAGUGGAUAAAACUCGAUGAAACGCGUUGCUUGAAUCGCCAAGCCACGCCACGAUGAUUCAUUCUGGCGCCGUGAUUCUGCCGCUUUCCCGACUCGUUGGUCGACGAAGGAAUCGCGCGAGUCGAAAGAUUCGUCAUUUCGUCUCGGAAUUCGAUGACAAUGCACGUUUUGUUCGAUGAUUUUCCGAUAGUUACACGCACCGAUGCAUCCGCGAUAAAACGCGAUCGGACCUCGCGUGCACCACGUUCCACUAUAAAUCUUUCGCACGGUCGAUGAACGUUCGUUUCGAACGAGUUUGAUCGUCAAACGGUUCGGAACAACGACGACGGUGAUACGUUUCGUAUGUGGCGACAAGCGCGGACGCGUUUUAUCGCGAUAACCGAGCUUUUGUUCGAGGCCGUUUCGAGGAACGAACGUUCGCGGUCGGAAGCGACGCGUUAGAGGAAAGACCGCAUCCUCGAUGAGACAUCGAGCGACAAAUAGAUUCGCGGACUUUUCCGCUUCGCCUUCUCCCUGUCGUGUAGUCGCGUCGCGUCGCGUCGCAUCGCGUCGUUCGGUUCGUACCGGUAGUCACGGACAGUCGAGAAUCAUCGCAAUUCUGUUACUUCACUGUUGCUGGUUUUCAUCGCGUCGAUCGUUGCGUGGUCUUUCGUUUCUCAGCUGGCGAUGGCGUUCGCCGAGAACAGAGGAAGAACGGUAAUACGCGCGCGGUGUCUCUGUUCUAUGUGCGCCGUGGGGAUUACGCGGAAACUCGUCCGAGAGUUGGCAAUCGACGACCUUCUCGGAAGAAAGAACGAUCCGACGCGAGAUGCGAUUACGACUGCGAUUUCUUUCUCGCACGGUAAUUCACGAUCGACCGCUUAUUUUGGUUGGCUUAAAAAAGAGAGAGAGAGAGAAAAAAAAACACGUUUCUAUACGCAAACACUAUGGCGAUACGGAAAAUUCGGCGCGCACGUUGGUUGGCGGCCGAUGCAGAACGGACAACUCGUUACCGCCUCCGGAAGCGAUUGAUUGCGAACGCCGCUAAUUAGCUUACCAUAUACCGAUAAAAGCUGCCUCUUUGCCUCUUUGCCUCUUCGCCAGGACGACCGAGAACGGUCGGUCGGCUCGAGUUCCUCCGACUUCCCCUCUGCCUAGGCAUCCCGCGCGCUCGCGUGCCUCGCACGCCCGUCCUCUUGCCGCUUCGCGAUCCUCCUUCUCCUCCAUCUCCUCCUCCUGCUUCUGCUCUCUCUCCGCCUUCUGCUCGGCCAGGCUAAAGCAGGAUACGGUCGUUUCCGGAAACGCGAUCAAGAUUACGCGCGAAUCGUACGCCGCAACCUUCUUCCUUUUUCACGCUGGAGAUUGCGUCGCGAGCGUGGCGACCUCGAAAACCUGCUUCGGAAAGAACGUUGCCCGCUUUGAAUUUCGCGCCACGCCGUGCCAUGGUUAUCGGGGUCGAGCGGCGUUUCGCCGUAGAGCGUAAGAGACAGAGAGAAAGAAAGACUGGUCGGCACGGCGCAUGAUUUAAAAGCGGCCCACCUCGCUAAAUUCUCGAACCCCCCUGGGACCACCAAUGGAGUUCUUUCGAAGAGGAUCGGAAUCUCCGUGAGAGCGGUAAUCAGGGAUAACGAGGCGGUCGAACCGACUAAACGGCGGCAAGGGGAGCGCGCGGUUAGAAUUCUCUCACAGGGCUCUUCUUCCGACCAAUUACCUCGGUUCCCGACUCCUACCCUAAAUACCUAUUGCCUCUCUUUCGGUGGUCGAUAUCCCUGAGCGGGCCAGCCGUGUGGGCCGUCCAUCGUCCCGUUCCAACGUUCCCCGCUUAACUCCGACCUAACCAGUCGAGGAUGCGUUUGCGCCUUCUUCUUCGUCUACGGACUACCUGACGAUGUUACGACGCGUAUCUCGUCUUGCAAUUUCUCUUUACGUUAGUGGCGCGUUUCAAAAUUUCGCGCGGCCCAAGAAGGUCGUCCGGCGGCCUGGGUCGAGAGAAAGCAGCGCGCAACGUUUCGCCCGAUCGACGACUCGUAAAUCAUCCUAAUGGAAGAUCGAGUGGCCGAUGGUUUCAGAGAUUCGACGAAGAUGGUUCCGAUCGAGCCGAAAGAUAGGGACGAGCCGAAAGAUAAAGAAAGGCCGCAGUAACGACAGGGUCCCUCGACUUCCGCACAUUUAUCGUCCGUUUUUCCGAUUCUCGGAAAACUCGAGCUUCCGGUCGAGUCGUGGGGUUGCAACUCUGGCAGAGUCGAACGUACUCCAACGCAUACUCUUGCUAUCUGUUCGAAAGGAAAAGCGUGGCGAAGGCGAGCGCGCGGCUUUGUUUUUCGAGUAACGCUCGACGAACAUCGCGCGGUAGUUAGGCGCGCGAAGGCUGCGUACGCUUGAUUCGCCGAAAAUAGCCGGUAGCGUAACGCGCGCGCGUAUCGGGCAACGUCGUCGCGUCGUAGAAUCGCAAGAGAAAAUAAAUUUCGUGACUGGAAUCUGUUCGAGGAAUCGUUUCUUUUCGUUGAUCCCGCGAAUCGGAAUGUUACGAUGGAAGAAAGAUGAGUCGCAUGGUUCGCGUUUCGCGGUCCGCGCGUGGUCGCGUAGUCGAGCGGACCGCGACGCUGCCUACGAUAUUUCGAAAACGGCGCUUCCCACGCGAACGUCUGUUCAGCGUUUGCCGCUCGUUUAUUUUGCUAAUUCAAACAAAUGCUCUCGAUCGAUCGUUUAUGGCGCGCGGCUGGCACGUCUUUUCGCGGCGUGGUUUCUUUCUCGCGAUAAGCUUUAGAGGAAGAUGGGAGGAAGGGCCACUCGGCCAGAUGAGAAAAUCGGCCGAAGUUGGGCGAACGUUAAGCAACGGUCGACCGGUGAAUCGAAAGCGAACUCGUUGGCCGAGGUUUGCCUUUUCAGGUCGCGAAAGAUGUUUGGCUCGCGUGCGAGCGAUAUCCCUAAACGACCUUGCCGCGAGCAUGUCCCACGUUACGUACUCCGAACGUGCAAUACGUACGUAUGUGCUUGCACGAGUUAAUCCGAGUUCCACUCGAUCCGAUCCGAUCCGAUCCUAUCCGAUCCGAUCUCCUGUCACACCUUACGAUAUCAUACGAUACGAUGCGAUACGAUACGAAACGAUACGAUACGCGUUAUUAUCGUGGAGCGGAUCACGGCGCAGCUCGAGCGAAGCGUCGCGCUUACCGGAUACGAGCUGUGGCGACCGACACGCGCGCGGCAACCGACGACGCGUCAACAACGACAACGGCAAUAUCGCGUAACGAACCCGACGCUGAGUCCAAACAGAUUCGAACGCUGUCCGUUACGCGGAGAAAAAUGAACGUAAGAUCCGAGUGGAAGAGGAGAUAUCGCGGAGCAACGGUACUCUUUGGCUUCGUGGUCGUCCCCUCGCGUUGCAACGAGCAGCGAGCGGUCCUCGCGUCAUCGGAGGAGCUUCGCGUCCUACGUAGUAGGCGAAAUUUCUCCGUAACGGUGGUGAGGCGAUACUCGAUCGGAGGACCGUGCCAAGCGAGGUUUUCGCACGACCUUGCACUCGUUACGCGAAAGAAAGCAAAAGCGAAUGACGCGAUUGCAGUUUGACGUUCCGCUCGUUGCAAACAGGACCGUUUCUCGAUCGUUUCUCCUUCGUCCAUUUCCCUCCGUUGUCCGUGCAAUCUGCUUUCCUCUAUUUUUCGUUCUUCGAUUCCUCCUUCGUCUUGCUGGCGCGUGCGUCAACGAUCGCAGAUAGCGCGAUCGAGUAUUAAUUCCGCGUUUUUUUUUCGAGAGAGAGACACGCGCGAAAAUCGACUCGCGCGUUCAACCGCGAUGUCGCGAGGUAACGAAACGAGUAGCAACGAUAUUUAACGCGAACCUCGUUUACACGUUCAGCGAUGGCCAAGUGGAAUUUAAUAAGGAGUCGCGCGCAACGAAGCUUCUAGUCUAGCUUUCUUACAGUGGCUGGUUGCAAGGGCGCGCUUCCACGAACAAAGCUAACAAGUAAAUCGUCGUGAUCGGCGGCGAAGGGGAAGACCGAAGCGAAGGCGACGCGCACAGCGCAACGAUAUCGAUGUCGAGGAUGAGGACGGGACGAUCGCUGUCGAAACCGUUGAUCCUAGUUCUGGCCCUGGCUUUCGUUUCGCCGAUCGGUCGGUGCGGCGCUUCGGAAAGCAUAAUAGGAAGCCGAGAAACAUGCGACAUCGAAGGAGAAGAUUUCACCGUGGACAAGAUCCCGAAUACCAGAUGUUUCAACUGUUUGUGCAAGAAUGGUUUCGUCGAGUGUAGGAAACAGCAGUGCCCCAGCAUCGAGGGUUGUUACACGUUGUUGGAACCACGCGAGGAAGAGUGCUGUCACAGGUGUAAAGGUUGUACGCGGAAUGGAGUCCAUCAUGAAUCCGAGACGGAGUGGACCGAGGAGAACGACCCAUGUAGAAUCUUCACUUGCAAAGCCGGAGUGAUCACGGAGUCUCGACUGCACUGCUAUACGCCUUGCGCCAAUCCUAUUCCGGCUGCGGCCGGCCAAUGCUGCCCGGUGUGCGCAGGGUGCAACGUAAACGGACAGCUGGUGACGGCAGACAGAUCGGUGACCACCACCGAAGAUCCCUGCGUUACUUGCAGAUGCAACGCUGGCGGUCGAUUAACGUGCGCGAAACAGGCCUGUCCGGUGCUACAUUGUCCCGGCUCCAAGAUAGUUCACGAUUCCGGAGAAUGUUGUCCACGUUGCAAAGGCAGUCGAAGAUACUUGUCGCCGCCGAAAGGCGCGUGCAUGUUGGGAACGGGUAUCUACAAUUCCGGCAAUCAAUUCUACCUGGAUCAGUGUACGCGAUGUAGCUGCUCCAAUUCCACCGUCUCCUGCGUUCGAGAAACCUGCCCGGUACACGACUGUCUGGCCGAACAUCAGAUCGCUGUUCCCGGUCGUUGCUGUCCCCAGUGUUCCGAGGUCGAGGAGGUUCGACGAUCUUGCACCUACGCUGGCAAAACUUACGGGGAUGGCGAAAGUUGGAAGCUUGACUCGUGCAAGGCAUGCGCCUGCAUGCAAGGUAAAGUACGCUGCGCGAUGCCGAUGUGUCCACCGUUGAAUUUGCCCUGCCCUCCAAACUCCAGAUUGGAACAUCCGGAGGGCCAAUGCUGUCCUCGUUGCGUGGAAAGUGACGGAGUGUGCACCGUUUUCGGGGAUCCGCACUAUCGUACGUUCGAUGGCAAGUUUUAUAGCUUCAAGGGAUCUUGCAAGUACCAGCUGGCCAGCGAUUGCUCGGGACACACGUUUAGCGUUCGAGUGACGAACGACGCCAGGUCGACCAGGUUCUCCGCAUGGACGAAAACGAUCGCGAUCAAGGUAGGCGACUUGAAGGUGAAUCUCGGGCAGAAGAUGCGAGUGAAGGUAAACGGGAAGAAGGUGGAGAUACCGUAUCGCAUGGCGAACCGACUGGACGUGAAUCGCACGACGGACAGCAUAAUCGUGAGCACGCAGAUCGGAAUCAAGGUUCUGUGGGAUGGGAUCAGUUUCCUCGAAGUAUCGGCGCCGACUUCGUACAGGGGACGGCUCUGUGGUCUUUGCGGCAACUUCAAUUCCCUACCAAAGGACGAUUUUACCAAUCGAAGGGGCAAACUGUUGCAAGAUCCUCAACCGUUCGGUCAAUCUUGGCUAGUGGGGGCCAAAAGGAGCUGCGUGAGGCCAAAGCCGAGCGUGAGCCCUGAUCGGGCCAAACGUUGCAGAGGACGAAAAGAUCACAGGUUAUGCAACAGGCUGAGGUCGCAGAUCUUUGACGCUUGUCACAAGAAGGUGAACCCGACCAUGUACUACAAGGCUUGUCUACAGGACAUGUGCGAAUGCCCGACCGAGAACUGCUACUGCGAAUCGUUCACCGCAUACGCGCACGAGUGCAAAAGGCUGGGCAUUCAAUUGCCACACUGGCGAAAAUCGACCAGAUGUCGAACCGGUUGGGACCAGUUCUCGGGAUCUGGCCCAUCUCUCGGUCCACGUUUUCCUUGAUCCAUGCGUACGUCCCCUCCUUGUCCUUUCUCUCGAGCGUCGAGCUUCGAGUCUCGAGAAAAAGAGAGAAAGAGAGAGAGAGAGAGAGAAAGAGAGAGAAAGGUGUCCGAGGCGAUCGACGUCCCGACCGCGAAGAAACGAUCGUUCGCGCCUCCUCUCCUCUCGGUCUCUGUCCGCGUUUGCCGGAUUCGCGAGCGAUCGCUCCGCGAAAUUCUCAGCUAGUCACCGCGUUUGUUAGCCGCGACGAACCGAUCGAUUCGCACCGCAGACGAGCAAACGCAUCGCGCACCAUCGUACAACUACUGUACACCCGCGUCCCGUCGACGAUCGCCCUCCUUCGUCCUCGCGAGUACACGACGUCUUCCUUCCCUCUCCUCAUCCGAUCGCGAAUCCUAUCGAGCUCGGACGAUUCCGAAGCACCGUGCAGUAUUUCGGCCGAUGAGCAGGCUCGCGGCAUAUCGUCUACGUCCCGGCAUUCGUUAAAUCCUCGAUAUUCGUAGAUUUAAGCCGACAUCGCGUAAAACCGCGAUACCACUCCUACUUUCCAUCCUUUCUUUCACGCUACUCCGCCUUCCCUUCUCCUCCUCGUCGUCGUCGUCGUCGUUUCUCUCUUUUCUUCGUAUGUAUAUAAACGUCCACGUUUUUACGAUUAGAUGUUCGAUCUCGACGAGACGUCGUCGACUGUACAUAAAUACCCCGGACCAGGCUCGCGAAACAGCGAGUCGAUUCUUCGCGGGACGUGUUCCCACCGCGAUUUCUAUACCUUUCUUCAAUUGUCUCGCGUCUUUAUUACCUCCUCUACGUUUUGUUAUUACUUUUCUCUCGCAUCCUACUCCUACUACUAUUUUUCCUAUUCGUCUAUGUUACGCGUCCAAAUUGUACAUAGUUCGAGUAUAGACACGUGCGUACGCAUACGCGCAGCGACACGUAUAUGCGUCUACAAGUUCAACUAUAUCGACAUAAUCGUCAACGUCUCGCGAAAGAGUCGCAAAUAUACCGGAGAUAGUCCAAAGCCUUAGCCAAUUUGUAUCGACUAUAGCAUAGAGAUGUUCUGGCACGCAUCGAGUACGAACGAAAUAAAUGAGUUAUAUUCGUAAA